CCUUACCUUGGUCAUUGGUACCGAUCCAGCGCCGCUUCAUUUUCUCCGCUCCAAUAAGGAGCUGGUGAAGUUAGUUUUAUGGACAGGUCUCAAGGACUUGACGGGGGACUAUGAACAAGUAGAACGCAUGGGGAUGGCAUCCUUCAAAGACAUGUUACCUCUUCUUUCUGGUGCACUGGAGGAGCUCCAUAUUAAGCCUAGGUUGCGGGGAAAAUGGGUAUAUGGGAACCCUGCCACUGACUCGAUCGCGCAAUGCAAGAAACUGAAGGUCUUGGGAAUACAUGUAUCUGAUCGUGAUUCUGUGACAUCUUUACUAGACUUUGUUAAAGUGCUGCCCGCUUUGCGCACGCUGUAUUUGUACGGGGCUCCAACUCAUGAACGGCCGCACACCCUAUGUAUCAUCGAUACAGACGCCUUGGAGAAGCUUCGCAUACGAGACGCCAGAGUCGAGGAUGUGAUGAGCUAUCUUGAGGUGAUUCUUCCGGACGGGGUGGUAUACAAACCAGAAUUGAUGAUUGAUGGGGACAAGCCAUCCUGGUUCUUCAAGCGUUUCCAACCAGCCUAAUGAAUCGUCCUGAAUUUGUAGAGAACAAUCCUUCAAAGAAACCCAAGUGUUUCAUGCUUUCGAUAUAUGAUACUUAUUUUUACCAAUGUCUUCUAUGUCCUUGUGCUUCCCAUCAGUCCACCCCGUUCAGGGUACGGGUUUCAUCGUAUCCUCGCGAGCAUCGCGUUUCGCAGUUGAAUUUGAGGGCCC